CGUAGGUCGCCAAUGCUUUGAGGUAGGCAAGUUGACAAGAUGGCGCUUGGAGUGAUCAGUUGAGUCCAUUUCCUGGUGUUUGGAUUGAACUGUAUUAAAUCAUGUGUUUAUCUGUGAAAUCUUGGCAUUUUACUUCAGAAACUCGUGUUUUAAAUUAAUUUCCUAAAAUGGAGGAAUUUCCACCAGCAUUUGUAAUUGCUAGCAGAGAAGCAGUGAGUCGAAAUAACAAUGUUUUGUAUCGUUUGGUUCGUACAUUGCCUGAUGGAUCUGGAGUUGAAUCUGUUGACAGACUUGUUAAUGUUGUACCACAUAGAAGAUCAUACUGCAUGGAAAGGAAAAAUGAAAUAGAUGACUUUAGACAUGAAAUUUUGCAGCGUCCACUAGUGUUACAGCCAGUCUUACACUUUGGAAGAGGUUUCGGUCACUAUUGUGGUCUGUGUUAUUCUGAUGAACCAUGGGUUAUUUUAAUCAAUCAGACACAUCCAAAAAUCUUAAGCCGUCUUCAGAUGGGUUUGGAUAUGGCAAAGGCUGCCAUUGAGAGAGGACAAGCGGUUGAAGUCAGGUUUGAGUUUGGCGCUAUCAUUCAAAAAGUGUACAGAGAAUAUCUCCGACAGAAGGAAGAAGAAGAAGCCAAAGAAUCUGUUAGUGGCAUUCAGGAUUGUUUAGUCUCUUUACGAUAUGCUGAGUGGGAACAUUGCAAUCUAGUUGUUCGAUCACAUGGCUAUGCUGCAAGGCUGAAUAGAUCCUCUCUUCUCUAUUCACUGCCAAAUCUUGAUUUGUCCUUCAAAUUUGAAGACAUUGCUAUGCAUGAAAUGAUAUGGAGUCAAUUAGAUGGUCAGAAGUUCACCAAGCCUCAUCUAUCACGUGUCACUGAAGAUGAAUUACGUGCUCAGUUACCUGCUUGGACAAUAAAUACCAUUUCACCUUUGUCAGACAUAGGAGAAGAUGUACCUUCGCAUAAUUACAGCUAUGCUCAAGCUGGUCGUUUGUAUGAAAGCUUUCGAAAGAAGAAACCUACAAGAAAUCAACAGCCACAUCAUGCUGAGAAACCUAAUUACAGCAGUUACCAUGAGGAAGAGCUUCAGGGUGCCGUUGGCUAUGAUACUGAUUAUGAUUACACAUAUCCUGAGGACAUUGACUUAAAUAUAGAGAGUGAAGCAAGAUAUGAAAGAGAGGACAGACAUAAUGAGGCUAAUCAUAUACCUGAACGAUAUCCAGGAAAAUAUCAUUCACAUAAUGAUUCAGGUGUUGAGGAUGACUGGGAUAGAAACAUUGACUCUCACAGGCAGGUCUCAGAUAACAACAGACAUGUAGAUGCUAAUGUUGUUGUCAAACCACCUCGUGCUAAUGGUGCAAGACCAAAAGUACCAGCUUCAACCAAAUAUCAAACCUCAACAUCAUUGUACGAUAAACCUGAGGCUGCUGAUUAUCAUUACUAUGCACCUCUAAAAAAACAGGACAGUGACCGAUCUUCUCGGUCCACAAAUGCUGACAGUGGAUACAGCCCUGAAACUGAAGGGCACACAUCUAGGGAAAGCUCUUAUGAUUAUAAUGACACAACACAUGUACCUGUGUCUAAACGAAGCCAGUAUGUUAAUGAUGGAUUGCCACUGAUUAACCAGAGGGAUCCCAAGAUUGGACUGGUUAAUCCUUCAUUCCAAGACUAUGACUCUAUAGCACUACAAAAACACAAAGAGUUAGUUAAUAGUAUGUUACAGGAUCAGAAAGGCAAACAGAGAGUCAAUGGACUUAGCCAAGAUAAUCACUCUCAAAUACCGAAGAGUGCUGUAACACUAACAUCUAAAGAAUUGUUGCCGUCUCACUUCUCUCAGAAGGUGAACUCGCCAAGUGUUGCAGGCAAAGUUGCAGAAAGUUACAUUUAAUAUUAUUUGUUUGGUGAACAUUUUUUUCAAUAAAGUAAUACAAAUGUAGAAAUAAUAUUUUUGUAAACAGAUAAAAUCAAAUAUAAGCAAUAACUGAAUAUUUUACAAAUCCCUAGAUCCCUACAAGGAUCCAGUGAUUGUUUUUCAAAAAUCCAGUUACAUUUGAAUAUUUUCUCUAAGCAAUAUUUAUUUGUACAGUUUCUGUUGAUCAUUUAAAUCCAUUCAAAUUGGUUUUAGGAUUGCAUGCUGUAUGAAUAGUGAAUAGCUUUUAACAGUACAAUAAUUAUUAAUAAUAAAAAAAAAAAAGAAAAUCCAUGAAAGACAACUUUUGUUUGGCCUGGCUUAAAAUCCUGACUUGAAACUUUAGUUUCCUUGGUUGUGUUUCUUAAAAGAAUAGCUUCAGCACUAAUGGCUGGUAGAUUUGGCUUUGUAAAGACAUUCAAUUUGUCUCUUGACAGUUUCUGGUCUGCCUAAAAAGUUAGUAUUUUUCCCUACCUUAUUAGAGCUACAUGGUCUCAGUAAUGUUCCCAAUUAUAUCAGUAUCUCUACCAAAACUUCAACACAGAAUUAUGAACUCAGCUGCAAUGAAUGUAACUAUAGUAACCAUGUUCCUUACCAAGACAAACAUCUUAUUAAAAAAAAAAAAUUUUUCUUUCAUAUACAUAAACAUUUUUUUUUCUCCUUUCAUCUACUUAGUAGAUCUGAUAUGCCAACUAUAAAACAUUAUAUAACAUGCAAUUAAAAGCAAAGAUACAGUUUAAAAUAGGGGAUUUAAUCUCUUUGUUCAAGUGUUUGAUUAGCUGUUUUUUAAAUUGUUUUAUUACUUGAUAGUGCCUUUAGUUUCUGCAUCUAGAGACAUACAACUAUAAAAUUUUGUGCCUUAAUCUGAACACAUUUAUCUUGUACAUGAAAUAUAAUCACUACAUUUUUAAAUUGUUCAGAUAUCACAUAAAGCCUGCAGAUUGUUCAUGUUUUUUAUAAGUUUAUAUAACUAGAUAACUUGUGACAUUGUCACUCUAUUUGAAUCAUGAUGAUGUUUGUUUUAUACCAGUGUACUGUAAGCAUGGAAGCAGUAUAGACAUAAUGUAUUUACAUUUUUAGCCACUUUAUUUUUUUUUUUGUGAAAACAAAAUUUAUGAAAUUUAUGUUAUGUACAAGUACUUCUUUUAGACCUUGCAAUCUAUAAGGGCAGAUGAUGUUAUCUAUUUCUAUGGAAAAUUGUUAAUGAGUGUGUCAUGUGACAUUCACAAUGACCAAGAAUUCUGAAAAACAAAAUCCCAAUCUUUAAAGUAUGGACAUGUGUUGAGAUUAAUACGUUGACAGAUGAUAUCAAAUGUUUCUUUCUUGCUUGUACUUUUUUUUUUGUUUCAUUUCUUGCUCAGGUAUUUCUCAUCAAUAUUUGGUGUGUUAUCCUUUUUUUUUUUUUAAAUGUCAGCCAAUUUAUAAUUUAAAAAGCCUCUUUUCAUUAAAAACAAAACCUAUGUAAACAUUUUUUUGUUUCUGAACAAAUGUUUUUUUGAUAGCCACUAGAACUGAGGGCAGACAUUCAAAUGUUCAUGAGAAAGUGUUGUUCAUGUAGUCAUCAUUUCUAGUACAUAGACUUGUAUAGAGGAACAAGUGUUCCCAAACUUGUACAAUGAAUGUAAAUAAUAAAAAGCUUAUUAUUUUUGUAACUUCUGAUUUGUAUAUAUUGUGUAUGUAUAUGAUCGCCUAUAGAAGCAGGGUAAGCCCUUGAAUGAUAUUUGAUGUUCUUGUAUUUUCAGUAUGCUCACUUAAUACAUUCCACUGCUGUGAUUGAUUCUUCCAACCAUUGAAACUUAAACAUGACAUCAGGGGGCAGUCCUUCAUUCAUGUACAUGACAUCAGGGGCUGACCUUUAUUCAUUUAGCAUGUAGGGCCUCACAUUUACACACAAAUAAGAGUCAAAAUCAGUGUUACCAUGACUACAUUUAUAGACAACUUUAAAAGAAAAAAAAAUACAUUGAAAGAGGUUUAUAGCAAGCCUUAGUUUUAUUGUGGGCUACAGCUUUCAUUAGCAUGUCUCAAAGUAAAUAUGCACAUUUAUUCAGGAGAGUCAAAUGUAAAAUCAAUAACUCUUAGAAAACAAAAGAUUAAAAACUAGUAAGCUUUUUGUAAUGACACCUCACCAGUUCAUAUACAAAUACUUUUCUGAACUUUAAUUUUGCUACACUUUUUGUUUGUUCCUUACCUGAUGUCCAUAAUGAAGUUCAUUGCUAGUUUGGAAGAGAAAAUGUUCAUUUUGUAUUUAGAUGUUCUGAUUAUGAACAUAUCAAUGUUAUCUUUAUAAUCAACUUCUAAAACUCAUCCAAAUCUAUUCAUUUGUAUUUGUCCAAGUGUUGUAAGCUUCCUUAGUGACUAUCUUCUACUUUGUCAACAUAUCUUGAGACUCUCAGAAUACAUGCACAUCAAAUACCUGCAGGCAGCAAAGGCACAGGACAUUUUUUUUUUUCUGUAGGUGAUAAGUAUUCUGUAGAUUCAAUUUGUACUUAACAAUAAUAGUACACUUAGAAACCUUAUCAAUUAUGUUUUGAACUGUCUAAUUGGUUUAUCAGUAGUUGUAAAAAAAAACAGAAAAUAUUUUUCCUAUUCAAUUUGUUUGUCCAGCUUAUUAACCAUAGAGAACAUCAUACAGUGCACUGAACUAUGUCUAUGCAAUGUACUUUAGUAAAGAAUGUUUGGAGUGCUCUCCCAUUUGUCUGUACAACAUUUAUAACUACAUAUUUGAAAUGUAUAUUUUGUAUCUUUAUUAUUAUAGUAAAUAUUUGAUCUAGAUAUCAGUGGCGUAGCUAAGGAUUUAGGGUCCUGCAUUUUACCAUUCGACAUCAUGACAUGAGAUAAUGUACUUAAUAAAUAUAUGUCUAUAUUAAAAUUGGUACAGCAUAUAAUUUAAAUUAGCAAAAAUAAGAAUUAUGAUUCUUUUAUUGAAUAACGGCAUUGCUUAUUAGUGACAUAAUGCACAAGUGACAAAUCUCAAUUUAUAUUGCAUCAUGCUUUCUGUGCAGUAAAGGCAUCAAUAACAUCAUCUAGAUCAAUGCUGUCUAGUAGUCCACAUGAAUAGCAAGAUUACAUGGCAGUGGCCUAAUAUUUAAUGUAACAAAAUUUAAGACAUUCAUUUGGGGGCCCAGGGUGACUUUUGAAUUUGGACCUCCCCACUCCUCCACCCUAGCUAUGCCACUGCUAGAUAUAGUAGAUAGUUAUUGUACUAGGUCAAAGAACACGCAUAUAUUUAUAUUUAUGACUUUUUAUAUCUAGGCUAUGAGGAGGCUUAUUGUAACUAGUGAAAACUAUCUAGAUCCAGCUGAUAGCUAAAUGUUGCAGAGCUGUUAAGAUAACUUUGUUAGAUAAAGUAUUUCUUAAACUGUUGUCAUGAUUUAGGGUUUAAAGUUGCUGUAAAUUGUUUGUAUUCUUAAUACACAAUCUAUAAGACGUUCAACUCUUAUCAAAAAGUUCAGAACCUUGUUUUUGAAAACCAUUUAUUCUUUUACUAAAGGUUGUCAUAAUGAUGUCAAGACAGUUCAUACUUCAUCCCUUUAUGUAGUCAGUGCUAGGACAAAAGGGCACAUGCACUAACCUAUAUGAGGCCUAUUUCAGUCUCACUUCUGCUCUUCUAGUCCUUUCACUUUUGACCUCAUACAAAACUUAAAAAAACUUUCCAAUUGUCAUCACCAUGCAUUCCCCACCCCUAAAUGCAUUCAUUCUCUUUAUUCUACCUGCAUUUUACUUACAUUUCAGGUUAUUGUUUUAAUAUCAUUCACUCUUUACAAUUCAUGCUUUUUAUGAUAAUGAUGGAACCGGACAAAGAAAUAGUUUUACUUAUUAAUUAUUCAAGUACAGAAUUGAUUCAACUAUAAACUUAAAACAAAUUUUGCUGGCCAAUUGUAACAUUAAAAUUUGUUAUUGUUAAAAUUUUACAUUCCAGAAGCUAA